AUGAAUUAAAAUAGAGAGUGUUAACAUCAUGAAAAGGUUACAGAAUUAUUUUGUGAAACAUGCAAAGACUUAGUUUGUAAUGAUUGUGUUAGUUAUGGUCCACAUCAAACUAAGAAUCAUAAAAUAAUUAGUUUCAAAGAUGCCUAUACAAUAAGAUAGGCAUUCAUUAAGGAUAGAAUUGAAACUGCCAUGAAAAAUAAGAAAGAGAAUCUAUUAGAUUAAUUAGAGAAGAUAGAAACUAGAAUGAAAUAUAUAACAGAAGUAAAGGCCACUAUUGUUAAAGAUAUACAUAUGGAAUUUGAAGGAGGUAUUUUAAAGAGAUUGAAUGAUUAAUCUGGUACAUUAACAGCUGUACUACAGAAAGACAUUGCUUGGUUAUAAAAACAUUUGAAUUCAAUUGAUGAUUUUAUUCAUACUUUUGAAUAUUUAGCAAUGGAUCAGAAUGUGUUACCUUUACUAUUCAUGUCAAAAACAUUAACUCAAUAAACUAUGAAAUUACUUAGCAUCAUAAUUAAAAGUAAUACAAUAAUUAUUAUUAUAUUAGCUGAAAUAACAUCUCAUCCAUCUGAUUUACCUAGAGAAUUGUUUGAUCUCAGAACUAAAAUCUAAAAUUCAGAAAUUCUCUAACAAUAAAUUGAAUUCAAAAAGUAAGUUAUUUGGAAAUGUCGAUAAGAGAAAAUCUAAUCCUUAUAGAAUAUUAAAGAAGAAUUUUUUAUCAAAAUUGAAGAUGAAAUAUAUGAUUGGGUAAGAUUACUUAAAAAAGUUGUCAAUACUUUAGAUAGUUUAUGUAUGAUAUGUACAUUUUGUGGAUGUUUUAUUGAUGUAGUGAAUGAACAAUGUGCACUCAAUAUUAAACCAUAUGAAGAAGUUUAAUUUGAUUGUAAAUAUUAAUCUUAUUAAAAAAGUUACUGGAUUUACAAAUGAAUAACCUAAAAGGAAAGUCUUUGGAACUUGUUAGCAUUUCUUUGGUUAUCCAAGAGAUGAAUAUUUAAUUUUGAGAAAAGAUAAAUAUGCUAAUUUUGGAGAUUAUUAGGAAUAAAGAAGAGCUGCAAAGGAAGUUUAUUUCAAAGUUUUUAGAUCACUAUGUAUAUUAAUAUCAAUAUAAAUUAAGGGUUUUCUAUAAUAGAUCUAAAGGCAAGGAGAUAUUUGAAAUAAUUGGAUUUAUAAGCUAUUUUCAAAAAAUAUGACCCUGAUAAUAAAGGAUGGUUGUCUAUAGUCAAAUUCAAAUAUCUUAUGCAUUAAGAAUUGGGUAUGUCUGUAUAAGAAAUUGAGAAACUUGUCAUUUAUUUUAGAGAUGAAAAGGAAGAUAAAGUAAUUAUAUAAAUAUAUUUGAAUAAAGGUCAAUUAUGAAUACUUUUUAGGAAUUGAUUGGUAUUUAGAAGAAUUAUAAAGAUUAGAAGAAUAAGUGAAAACAGAAUCUGUUAAAUAUGCUAAAUUAUAUAAUAGGAGAGUUAGAGCUAAGACAACCUCUCCUCCUUAAAGAUAAGAAGCUAAAAUUGUAGAAAAACCAUAAUAAUAAUCUACUAUUUAUAGUAGUUUUACUCGUUUUUCAUAAGCUGUUGAAAAAUAACCUGUUCCAUAACCUGUUUAAUAUGAAUAGCCUCGUUUUGGAUUUGUAGAUAGAGAUAAUUCUCAUGCUCAAUCUCUGAAUAAAUAGUAUCCUCAAAAAAACAACUUUGAAUUUUAAGCAGAAUCAAGUUUAAAGAGUAAAUAAAAAUCAUCUUCUUUAUAACCUAAGAGAGUUUAAUUUGAAGAGAAAUAAGGUUAUUAAAGAUUUAAGGAAUCAGCAUAAAUAAGUGGAAAUUAUGCUUAAAAAUAUUAUAAUUGA